AAAAAAAAAAAAAAAAUUUACUAUACUUAUCUAUCUAACCUUCAACCUCAAAAUGGAUCCCAACAUGAAUAACCUCCUCAAAUGGGGAAUCCAAAACUCCACCCAAAACGGCGAACAACCCUCAGAUGAUACCAAUGCCAAUGCCAAUACAACUACCACGGCCAAUGGCACGGACACCUCUCGUGGCCUCACCCCCCAAAUGCUCUCUGCGCUGUUCGGUGGUCCCUCCGACGCCGAUCUCAUGAAAGCCGCCAUGGAGGCCCUGCACUCCGACGAAGUCGACCUGGAAAAUAAAAUGAUCGCCUUCGACAACUUCGAGCAGCUCCUUGAGUCUAUUGACAAUGCGAAUAACCUGGAACCCCUGGGUCUCUGGACCCCGCUGGUCCAGUUACUUCAACACGAAGAGGCGGAUAUGAGACGAAUGGCUGCAUGGUGUGUCGGAACGGCGGUACAGAAUAACGAGAAAGCCCAGGAUAAGGUAUUUCCCCUUGCGUCUAUGAUAGUUCGUCUAUCAAGCUAACGAGUUUAAUGUGAAAAGCUCAUCGUCUUCAACGCCCUCCCCACCCUCGUCUCCCUGUCUACCAAAGACACCACCCCCGCGGUCCGCAAGAAGGCCGUCUAUGCCAUUUCCUCUGGCGUGCGCAACUACCAGCCCGCCAUGGACGAGUUUGUAAA